UUUAUUUGACAGAACGUCGUGGUUGUUCUUCGCGAUCUUCAUUCUCAUAAACCACCUGUGAUACGACUGGAAUUUGGUGGCUCUGUCAUGUUCUCGUUAUUUCCUCGGUGAAACCCCACUCCACCCACCGUCCCCCCGAGUCCUUCUCCAGUUUUUUUCGCCUGACCUCAUCAUCCUUCUUGGUCUUUAUUGGAGAUCCCUCACAUUUGUCAGAUACUGUGUGUUUAGGCGACUUUCGCUUCGUGUCCUUGUCGCCGCCAUGUCCUUCCUCUCCUAUCUCGCCUCGGGCGUCAGUUCCUUCGUCGUCCUGACACUCUCCCUCUUCGCGCUCGGUCAAAAAGUUCCUCGCGCAGCCUUCGCUGCUCGGUGUCUCGCGUCGUACGCCUCUCUUCUCAUUUGUGCCACGUAUGGCGUGAUCGCGUCGAUCGUCCUGCGCCUGGUGGGCUACGGACGGGUUUCGCAAUGGGCCACCGCGCGCAGCUUCAAGUGGGUUAUGCGGAUUACCACUGGCGUGAAAUGCGAGAUUGUGGAGGGCAAGGAGCAUCUGACUACCCGUCCGGCCGUGUUCAUCGGAAACCACCAGUCGGAGUUGGACGUGCUGGUGCUGGGAUACAUCUUCCCGCCCUACUGCAGUGUCACGGCCAAGAAGUCCCUCCGCAAUAUCCCCUUCCUCGGCUGGUUCAUGUCCCUCUCGCGGACGGUUUUUAUCGACCGCGCCAAUCGCGAGACCGCUGUCAAGGCCUUCGACUCUGCUGCGGAUGAGAUGCGCACUCAGCGCCAGAGCGUCUUUAUCUUUGCCGAGGGUACGAGGAGUUACUCCGAUCAGCCGGAGCUGCUGCCGUUUAAGAAGGGUGCUUUCCAUCUCGCCGUCAAGGCCGGUGUGCCUGUCGUGCCGGUGGUUACGGAAAACUACUCCCACGUGUUGUCCCCCCGCAAAAUGAGAUUCGAAGCCGGCACGAUCAAGAUCAAGGUCCUUCCUCCCAUCCCCACCGAGGGUUUGACCGCAGCCGACGUGGACAAACUCACCACGUCAACGCGGGAAUCGAUGCUCAAAACUUUGCUGGAGAUGUCCAACGGCAGCGCAGCCGAGGCUGAUACGGCACGUGCCAAUGGAACCUCCACGGCUGUGGAAAUCUAAAUGCACCCGUUGCAAUUUGAUAAGAGGCAGCGGUUCGGAUCGGCUAGCGACGUGCUUUGACCGUUUCAAACCUCGCCUUACCCGGCUCCCUUUUCUAACCGGCCUGAGCUUGCCAUGGUCACCGGCACGGAAUAACAUACAUUUAACGACGCACAAGACACGCCACGAUAGAUUCAAUCACCUACACCAUCCCUUUCCAAUUACACUCGAUGUGCUUUGGCAAGCAUAUAUGUUUAUUUCCCCUUCACAACUAUAGAUGGUCGCACCCAUCGACUGAACCACGGACCGACACAACACCAUCCCAACAGGAGGACAUGCUGGAAUGCGAAAAUUCCCAACAUAUGAUCGUUUGAACAUCCUUGUUUGCACAUCAUUUCCUUUUACAUUUUCUCAGCAAACUUCUGUGCCUGUCAACACCUAGCUAGAGUUUACACACCGGCGCGCCGUCCGUGCGAAAGAUGGGAAACCCACAUAGACAUGAUACAUGAUCCCUCGACUGCUUCUUCAUUGGGGAAACAGCUAGUUGGACACGAAUCAAUCGACGAUAGACGAUAUCCAUUGUUUGUUUUGCUAUGAAAUGAUUUCGGGAAUGUAAUACAACUCCAAUUUUAAUCCC